ACACUACAGCUGGUUGAAGCGAACUGAACUGUACAUUUUAAGAACAAAGUUGCUUCCCCUCUGACUCAGUGAGUCUGGGCUCUCUACUAUCUCCCUCCCUCCCUCUCGCUCGCUUGAUUUGUUUUUGAAGUGCUAAAACUGCUGUAGUUGCAGCUACAAGAGCGGAUCCAAGGAAGGCCAAGUUUACCUUUUGGAAUCCCAGCAAGAGAAAAUGGCGGGAAUUGACACCUCCCACCCGUACGUCCCCAGAGAUUUACAUCUCCCGGAUUUCGUGCCUGGUUUCCUCCCUCAAUCCACCAUUCUUGCCGUUUAUGGCCUUUCUUCCUUUCUAGUCGUCUCUCUCGUCUGGCUUAUUUCAGGUCGGGCACCCAAGAUAUCCAAGAUUGAUAGAUUGCUCAUGUGCUGGUGGGCAUUUACAGGCCUGACCCACAUUAUCCUUGAGGGUUAUUUUGCUUUCUCUACUGAAUUCUACAAGGAGAAGACUCCUUGUUACCUGGCAGAAGUUUGGAAAGAAUAUAGUAAAGGUGAUUCAAGAUAUGCAGCAAGGGAUGCUGGUGUUGUUGCUGUUGAAGGGAUCACUGCAGUUCUAGAGGGUCCAGCAAGUCUUCUAGCUGUGUAUGCUAUUGGAACGAAAAAACCAUAUAACUUCAUACUUCAAUUUGCAAUCUCGUUAGGCCAGCUCUAUGGACUUGCAGUCUAUUUCAUUGCUUCUUACUUGGAAGGUGACAACUUUGCUGCAAGCCCAUACUAUUACUAUGCAUACUACAUUGCAGCAAAUGCCUCCUGGAGUGUGAUACCCUUACUCAUAGUUAUUAGGUGUUGGAAGAAGAUAAGUGCUGCAUCUCAAGUCCAGGAUCAGAAAAAGAGCAAAGCCCGUUGAGAUUUUGCUUAUUCACUGGAACUGAUUAUUAUCUGGCCUCAGGAAUCAAAAAUCUUCUUUCACCCAUCACUUCAUGAUAUACAAUUCUUCUUUGAUUUUCACUGGAAACAUUUUGAUUUUAAUGUUCAUUAGUUUAAGUUGGUGCAAUUUCCAAGGUCUACUUUUUUAUCAGAUUUGUUGGGUUUAUGGUUUUUUAUUUUUCAAUGGCUGUUUAAUUACUUGAACAGAUUUUGAAUAGGAUACACUGUAGGAAGAAUUCCUGGCUGAAGGAAAUGCUCUUCUCAGUUUCCACGGUCACAUAACUUUGAGAAUUGAGACUCCUCUCACCGUCGCGUAUAAUGAAAAAAGAUAUUUAGAGGAUGCAAAGCUGAAAAGCGAGAGAUAAGAGGCAGCCGUUGUUUGUUUCUUUUCUUUUGAAAGAGGCGGCACAUCAAAAGACAGGGAAGGUACGUGUGUUAAUUGUUAAAGCACACGGGCGGACACAAGGGUGCAUAUCUUUUCAAAAGCAUAACCUGUGGUCUAGUGAGUCGAACCAAAGGGGCGUGCUCCAUUGGGAUAUCUUCUCAUCACAAUUGCCUGUUUUCUUUGUGUUUGCAUAUGUACAUUCGGCAUCUAAUCGAAUGGAUGUGUCGUGUGUGUGUGUUUCCUUUUCA